GAGAACGGGAAGAAGGCGCAAUCGCAUCCGUGAGCCAUAGGAAUACAGUGCUUUCGGUCACAGGGACUCUGUCACCACAUCCACACUGAAAACAACAUGGAUGAAAUGGAAGAGGAGUUAAAAUGCCCGGUGUGUGGGUCUUUUUUCCGCGAGCCCAUCAUCCUACCCUGCUCCCAUAAUAUCUGCCUGGCCUGCGCUCGGAACAUCCUAGUGCAAACACCCGAUGCCGAGUCCCCACAGAGCAGCCGCGCGUCCGGCUCCGGGGUCUCCGAUUAUGAUUACUUGGACCUGGAUAAGAUGAGUUUGUACAGCGAGACGGACAGCGGCUACGGCUCUUACGGCGGGUUCGUGAGCGCACCGACCACCCCGUGCCAAAAGUCCCCCAACGGCGUGCGCGUUUUUCCUCCUUCCAUGCCCCCGCCUCCCCAAGCGCAACACCACCUGCUGCCCCACACCGGCGUCCUCCCGCCGGUUCCGCGCAACUCCUGCCUCACCUGCCCGCAAUGCCACCGCAGCCUGACGCUGGACGACCGGGGACUCCGAGGCUUCCCCAAGAACCGUGUGCUGGAGGGGGUGGUGGACCGGUAUCAGCAAAGCAAAGCGGCCGCGCUCAAGUGUCAGCUGUGCGAGAAGAACCCCCGCGAGGCGACUGUCAUGUGCGAGCAGUGCGAUGUGUUUUACUGCGAUCCGUGCCGUCUUCGGUGCCACCCGCCCCGGGGUCCGCUAGCCAAGCAUCGGCUUGUUCCGCCGGCACAGGGAAGGAUCAGCCGCCGCGCGAGCCCCCGGAAAAUUUCCACCUGCACCGAGCACGAGCUUGAGAAUCUAAGUAUGUACUGCGUACAGUGUAAGACCCCCGUGUGCUAUCAGUGUCUGGAGGAUGGGAAGCACUCUACUCAUGAGGUCAAAGCGCUGGGGGCCAUGUGGAAGCUCCAUAAGGGUCAACUUUCUCAAGUAUUAAAUGUUCUGUCAGAUCGAGCCACAGAGGCCAAAGAGUUCCUGGUGCAACUCAGAAACAUGGUACAACAUAUACAGGAGAAUGGAGUUGAAUUUGAAGCGUGUUUGGUUGCCCAAUGUGACGCCUUGAUCGACGCUCUCAACCGCAGGAAAGCCCAACUGCUCAGCAGAGUAACCAAAGAACAUGAGCACAAACUCUCAGUGGUUCGUGACCAGAUUUCCCACUGCACGGUGAAGUUGAGACAGACCACUGGACUGAUGGAAUACUGUCUGGAGGUCAUCAAGGAAAAUGACCCGAGCGGCUUCUUGCAGAUCUCAGAUGCGCUGAUAAGAAGGGUCCAUAUGACAGAGAAUCAGUGGGGGAAAGGUUCUUUGACCCCUCGCAUGAGCAGUGACUUUGACCUGACUCUGGACAGCGGCCCUCUUCUUCAAACCAUACAUCAGUUAGACUUCGUCCAGAUGAAGGUUCCUGCUGCUCCUAUUCUUCAGCUAGAAGAGUGCUGCACUCAAUCCAACAGUGCGACGUUGUCGUGGAAGCAGCCCCCCCUCUCCACCAUCGCUGUGGAUGGGUACAUUUUAGAGCUGGAUGAUGGGAAUAGAGGCCAGUUCAGAGAAGUAUACGUUGGCACGGAGACAAUCUGCACAGUGGAUGGUCUGCACUUCCACAGCAAUUAUAGAUCUCGUGUUAAAGCUUUUAACUCCAGUGGAGUGGGCCAGUACAGCAAAACCCUGGUCAUGCAGACAUCAGAGAUUGCUUGGUUCACCUUUGAUUCUGCAUCAGCCCACCCUGACAUCAUCUUAUCCAACGAUAACCUAACGGUGACAUGCAACAGUUACGACGACCGUGUAAUCAUGGGCAACACAGGGUUCUCCCGUGGCGUACACUACUGGGAGAUGACCAUUGAUCGCUACGACAACCAUCCUGACCCUGCGUUUGGAAUCGCCCGGUCUGAUGUCAUGAAGGAUGUGAUGCUGGGGAAGGAUGAUAAAGCAUGGGCUAUGUACGUGGAUAACAACCGUUCCUGGUUCAUGCAUAACAACUCGCACACCAAUCGUACGGAUGGAGGAUUAGGUAAAGGAGCGACUGUGGGAGUGCUGCUGGAUUUCUCUCGUGGGAUCUUGUUGUUUUUGAUCAAUGAUGAGCAACAGGGACCCGUUGCCUUCAACACACUUGAAGGCACGUACUACCCAGCCAUAAGCCUCAACCGCAACGUUCAGGUUACUCUUCAUUCUGGGCUACCUAUUCCAGAUUUUUAUACGCCUGGAGAGUCUGAACCGGCAGGGUCAGUUUGCUGAAGAGACACAGCGAAAACACAAUAACAUACGAACACACACGCACACAGACGGACGCACACAGAUUCACCUGUGAGUGCUUAGUGGGGGAAUGCUGCUGACAGUCAUUAACAGGUCUGAGAAUUCGAAAAUCUUAUCAGAGCUGAUAUAUUAACUCUGACCCUGAUGUAUGUGAGAAAGGAAUAUUGAAAAUGUAAUAAUUUUCUCUUUCGUACUCUUUUUCUAAAUAUUAUUAUUAUUUAUUGAUGUCGUUGUCGUUUUUAUGGAGAGGGUGCUCAUGGAUAUGAGCUGCAAGCUUGUAGGAUUUUAACAGAUGUUUGUCUGUUGUUUCAUGAUAAAGCCUCCGUGUGAAGUUAAGCUUAGAAAUAAGUUACUGGUGUGCUAGACCUUAAAAGAUGCAUUUUUACGUUACAUAGAAUUGUGCUAGGUGUUCUAAUGGUGUCUUGAACAGGUGGAAGUGGGGACAGAAACUAUAUCAAUACCCCACAACUUCAUAGUACAAAUUACAUUUAUGUCAAUUUUUGUCUGCAAAUUUGAAUCCCGGUUCAAACCUACAACACAAAUCCUGUCUUCAGCCCUUAUCAGUCUCUUAUCUCUAAACCCAAACACCUUUCGGUUUAAGAUCUGUCAUUUUCUCUGAAUUCUACAGUGGAGGAACAACACAAAAACAAAACAGAAUGCCAGAAUGAGCUGAAUGUGUCAAUGGGGAGGUAAUAGCUCUCUGUUUGUUUAACAGAACACAGGACAUUAACUAGGACACAAGCACACACAGGCAUUUUCUCAGCCUUGCAUAACAUAUUAUGCAGAGAUGAGAAUGAAUGAACUUUUGUUGCUCACUCUGUUUUAUAUAUUUCAUUUGCUGCCUCAAAGCUAAACGCAAAUGCUAAACGAAGAAGUGGUGCUGCUUACUUUCAGUGUGAGAAAAUAUUGCAAUAUAAAACAUUAUAGCUGUAAAUCCAAAAGAAUGAGAACGUUAAGCAAGACAGCAUACAGUAGCUGCUUGAAGCAUUGGCUAAUAGUUUACGUAGAGGAUGUACUUUUGCAUCAACAGAUAUUUUAAAACAUUCCGCUGGUGGGGUUAAAAUAUGGGGCAGGUGCUGUACUUUUGAUGUGUGUUGGGCAGUUAGUUGAUGCUCAACACACAUCUGAAUGUUUGGGUGCAGGGAGGAUCAAUUUCACCCAUUGUAAAUUAAUUGUAUUUUUUCAUAAAGUAAUCCCGAUAUAAGAAACGAAAUGUAUUAUUAAUAUUAUUAACGUGUCUGAAUUGUUGUUAUCUGUAAAGUUCUAUAUCAAUAAAAUGGAUUAAGUGA